AACCACUAAAGUUUCCCGCUCGAGUCCUCACUGCACCUCCUAUACCCCGCUACUCCCGACAGACCGAUACCCGCCACGCCCAUACCUCUCCCACCGCGGCCAUACACCCAGAUAGACUAUCCACAAUGGCCGACGCUAAGGCUCAGAAGAGGCAGAAGUUCGAGAGCGUCUUCCCUAUCCUCCGCGACGAGCUCCUCGCCUACCUCAAACAGGAGGGAAUGCCCGAGGAUGCGAUCACCUGGUACCAGCGCAACCUAGACUAUAACGUCCCUGGUGGCAAGCUGAACCGUGGCAUCUCCGUUGUAGACUCCGUAGAGAUCCUCAAGGGUCGCAAGCUCACCGACGAUGAGUACUUCAAGGCCGCUCUUCUCGGCUGGGGUGUCGAACUCCUCCAAGCCUUCUUCCUCGUCUCAGACGACAUGAUGGAUCAGUCUGUCACUCGUCGCAGUCAGCCAUGUUGGUUCCGCGUUGAGGGCGUGAACCUGAUCGCCAUCAACGAUUCGUUCAUGCUUGAGGGCGCCAUCUACUACCUCCUCAAGAAGCACUUCCGUUCGGAACCGUACUACGUCCACAUCCUCGAGGCCUUCCACGACACCACAUUCCAGACAGAGAUCGGUCAGCUAAUCGACCUCAUCACUGCGCCCGAAGAUCACGUUGACCUAAGCAAGUUCUCACUUGCCAAGCACCAAAAGAUCGUCAUCUACAAGACCGCCUACUAUUCCUUCUACCUCCCCGUCGCCCUUGCUAUGUACAUGAGCGGCAUUCCCCACUCAUCCACGAACGAUCCCUACGAGCUCGCGCAGAAGAUCCUCGUCCCGCUCGGCGAGUACUUCCAGGUCCAGGACGACUUCCUCGACUUCGCUACACCCCCAGAAGUGCUCGGCAAGGUCGGUACCGACAUUAUCGACAACAAGUGCUCGUGGUGCAUCAACGUCGCGCUCGCGCUCGCAACCCCCGCUCAGCGCAAGAUCCUAGACGACAAUUACGGCCUCAAGGACAAGGCGGCGGAAGCGCGCGUCAAGGCGCUCUACGAGGAGCUCGGUAUACGGCAGAAGUACGCCGAGUACGAGGAGGGCGCGUACAAGCGCAUCAUCGGCCUCAUCGAGACCAUCCCCCCGGAGGGCGCGGAAGUCGGCGCGGGCGACGUGAGGUUGAGGAGAGAGGUGUUCAAGGUCUUCCUUGACAAGAUCUACAAGAGGCAGAAGUAGGCCGUGCGCAGCCUUUGGUCUGGCGGGGGCGAGGGAGAUGGACGUCAGUUGCGUAGUACAUGAUAUCUAGUUUCGCGAUAUGUAUGUUCCACAUGGGUGAGUAGGUGUCUUGAAUAUACGGUGGCUCCAAUGAGGGUCGACUUCGA